UCCUGUACAGACCGGAAAGAGUUGAAAAUUGUCCAACUUGACCGCAGCUAUUUGUCUUUGCUGCUGCAGUCUGCUCUCGUCCAUCUCGAACAAGCCUCAUGACUACUGACUGAGUCAGAGAGCUACAAGAGUAUUUCGGUCGAACAGUUUGAUCCUGACAGCGGUGGUUUGUUGAAUCGGCAUCAUGGCGCUUCUCAGAGGUGUAUUUAUUGUAGCUGCCAAGCGCACUCCAUUCGGUACCUAUGGUGGCGUGCUGAAGGAUCACAGUGCAACAGACCUGGCUGAGCAUGCAGCCAAAGCGGCCCUUGCUGCAGGUGGUGUAGCCCCAGAACUUGUAAACAGUGUCAUCAUGGGAAAUGUUAUGCAGAGCUCAGCUGAUGCACCCUACAUUGCUCGUCAUGUGGGUCUGAGGUGUGGUGUUCCCAUCCCAGUACCUGCUCUCACUGUGAACAGACUGUGUGGUUCUGGUUUCCAGUCCAUCAUCAAUGGUGCUCAGGAGAUUUGUCUCAGGGAUUCAGAGGUGGUCCUGUGUGGAGGCUCGGAGAGCAUGAGCCAGGCCCCCUAUGCCGUUCGCAACAUACGAUUUGGUACAAAGUUUGGCUUCGAUCUAAAGCUGGAAGACACCUUGUGGGCAGGUCUGACUGACCUGCAUGUCAAAAUUCCAAUGGGCAUCACAGCAGAAAACCUGGCAGAGAAAUACCAGAUCACACGAGAAGACUGUGACAACUAUGCAUAUCAGACACAACAAAGAUGGAAGGCAGCUCAUGAGGCUGGUUACUACACGGCAGAAAUUGCUCCCAUUGAUGUGAAAGCUAAAAAAGGCAAGGUGUCCAUGGCUCAGGAUGAACACCCCCGUCCACAGACCACACUGGAACAGAUGGCCAAACUAGCUCCUGUCUUCAAGAAAGGAGGGACUGUUACUGCUGCCAAUGCCUCAGGUGUAUCUGAUGGUGCUGCUGCUGUGGUGAUCGCAAGUGAAGAUGCGUUGAAUGAACACAAGAUGACUCCACUGGCCAGGAUUGUGGCCUAUCACGUGUCGGGCUGUGACCCGAGCAUCAUGGGAAUUGGUCCUGUUCCAGCAAUUACAGAAGCUCUUAAAAAAGCCGGCCUGACUCUUAAAGACAUGGAUCUUGUGGAGGUGAAUGAGGCUUUUGCCCCUCAGUACCUGGCUGUUGCUAAGGCCCUUGGUCUGGAUCCAGAGAAAAGCAACGUUAAUGGUGGAGCUAUUGCCAUUGGACAUCCUCUCGGUGCAUCUGGAACACGCAUCACUGCCCACCUGGUUCAUGAGCUCAGGCGGCGAGGAGGUAAGUACGCUGUUGGCUCUGCCUGCAUCGGUGGUGGUCAGGGCAUCGCCAUCAUCCUCGAAAAUUGCUGACUGAAGAAGCUGCCAGUAUCAGAAGAGGUCCUGUAGAAGAAUUUCUUGCAUCGCCAUCUGCUUGUAUCACACAGUUCACACAUUAAGAAUUUGUGAACUGUGAAAAUAUCUCACAUCAAUAUAAAACACUGAGGCACUGCUGCUCAGUUUUUCUCUGGCACACAAAGAACACUCAACAUUAAUUUUUUUACUGAUUACUCUUGCUACAUCUGUCUGUCUAUUUAUAGAUGAUUUAUAGAUCUGUUUCUAUGCUCAUACCAGGGUGCAAGAGACUGUUUAUGCAUGUGCCUCAAAUACUGAGCCAGGUCCUUGGUAACAUUAAUACCUAUAGCAUUUAUUAUUAACUCUUAAGUACAGUUUGUGUUGAGUUAUUGUAAGAUUUAAAUGAAUUCUCAUGUUUGCAUUAAAAUGUUCUCUGUCACUCCAUUAUGAGGGAUUGGUAUUGCCAGAAAGUAUGUCUGUCCAGCAAAACUGAUUUUGUAUUUCCACCUCCAAGAAUGUCAAUAAAUACAUUUUCAAAAACAA